UCUACUGCAACGAGACCGACAGCCGCCUCAGUUCGGGGCUUGUUUUUGUUUGUUUCAGGGGUGUCCCUGCAGCAUGGCAGUGAAGUGGAACGGUGGCCAUUCCUCCUCUGUCCUGUGCCUGUCGGUGAGCGCGGAAGGGCUGGUGGCCUCCGGCGCGGAGCGGGGCGAGCUGGCGCUCUGGGAUGGGGGAGGCUCGCCCGUGGCUCAGCUGCGGCUCCCGCAGGCCGAGGAUGUGAGCUCGGUGGUGUUCUCAGCCCGCCGCCCCAGCACGCUGUACACCUCGCACGGAGAAAGCAUCAGCGUGCUGGAUGUGCGCUCCCUCCGGGAGCCCCUGCAGCGCUUCCACGUGAACGAGGAGGAGAUCAACUGCCUCGCACUCAACGACACCGACGGCUUCCUGGCCGCUGCGGAUGACUCGGGAGCCAUAAAGGUUGUGGACUUGGAAAGCGAGAAAGUCAGCUGGUCCUUGAAACACUCCAACAUCUGCUCGUCUGUCGCAUUCCGACCUCAGCGGCCUCAAAGCCUGCUUUCCUGUGGACUGGACAUGCAGGUGAUGCUGUGGAACCUACAGAAAGCUCGUCCCUUGUGGACCAUGAACCUGCAGGAUUGUGACAUGGAGGAAGAGAGCCUGCAGUCAGCUGGGCAGUUCUUCAACCCGCCGCUCGCACAUUCCCUGUCCAUCGCCUCUUGCGGCAACAUCUUCGGCUGUGGAGCUCAGGACGGUAAAGUCAGAAUAUUCCGAGUCACCGGUGUCAGGUUUGAACGUGAGCUGGAGUUCCAGGCUCACAGCUUGGGAGUCUCACAGGUGCUCUUUAUGCCAGAGGUGUACUGGUUGUUUUCUGGAGGAAAUGACGGGAAAGUCUUGCUGUGGGAUAUCAGCAGCAACGUCGGGAAACAGCAGAAAAGUCCAGCAAAAUCUCUGCACAGGAGGAAGGCCCAAGCAGCUGCUUCCAGCAGAAAAGAUGGGAAGCUCAACAAAGUGGCCUCAAAUGAACACCCUGGAGUUGUGCCAAAGCUCAGCAUUGAGCACGGGGAGAAGGUGAACUGGCUCUUGUGUGCAGAGAUCAAAGGCUCCAGGAGAGUGUUGGUUGCUGACCAGACCAGCUCUGUAUCAGCCUAUCCAUUGCCAGAAUCUUAAGGCAUCCAGUUGUUCACAGAAGUCUGGGGGACAAAACCACUUCUUGGAGCCAGCUGUAUCCACUGACAGUGAGCUGGACAGUGAACCCCUCUGGGUCCCUGGGAAGGGGAAGGGAUUUGCUGUGCACUCGUGGUGUCCCUGGCCUCGUGCUGGUUCUUUGUGGCUGUUAUGUUCACAGCCACUGUCUCUUGCAGGGUUGGCAGUUUGCUGCUUGAAUUUAGGUGAAACGGGUCUCUAUAUUUAGGGGUAACAUUAGUACAUGACUAAGCUGAUGUAAUUAAGGCUGGAGGAGAGAAUUAGUGCUGAGGAGACACCCACAAUGCUAUGUGAGGCUGCUGAACAGCAGCAGGGCUGUCACUGGCUCAGCACUGGGCUGUUGCAGUGCUCUGUGUGACUGUUCCAUGAAGCUGUGUCCCAGUUGGCUUAAACUGGUCAUGGUGGAAUCUGGUUUUCAUCAGUCUGUCAGCAGCUGCAUAGACUAGAGGUGCAUCAAUUAACAAGUAAUCAAAUGAGUUUCCCUGUGGUUGCUGACUGAAUUUUUUCACUGCAGCAGAAGAAGGAGCAGGGGAACUGUUACACUGUUUGCUGGGUCAGCUGUCAGUUAGUUGUGUAUCCCAGGGAAAAAGAACUAUUACACUUGUGUUAAUAAAUGCUUUCUCUUUCA